UUCGUGGAGGCAAAACAAGCGUGCAGUUCAUCUAGUUUGGCGAUGGCAUCCCAACUCAAAAAUCUUCUGUUUGUCUCGGCUACUUCUCCUCUCCUGCUGUUGCUGCUAUGCAUGGCCAGUGCAAUCAGCCCUGAAGGAGAAGCGCUCCUCCGAUGGAAAUCCACUUUGCUCAACUCCACCUCUCUGUCCUCAUGGUCGCAUGCCAAUCCGACCUGCUAUUGGCACGGCGUCACCUGUGAUGCAGCCGGUCAUGUUACUCUGCUCCGUCUUCCUGCAUGCGACCUCAAAGGUACACUAGAUGCCUUAUACUCUCCUGCAUUCCAGAACCUCACAGGGAUUGAUCUCUACUACAAUAACAUUUUCGGUGUCAUCCCGGUAAAUAUCUCUUUGUUUCUCACCCUCACAAGUCUGGAUUUGAGCUGGAAUAAUCUUGUUGGUGACAUCCCCUACCAGCUCAGCAAUCUCCCAAAGAUUGCUGAGUUAGAUUUGGGAAAUAACCACUUGACCAACCCAGACCAUACCAAGUUCUCGCCUAUGCCCACUUUGUCGCUAUUAUCUCUAAAUAGCAACAACCUACAUGGCACCUUUCCACAGUUCAUCCUCAACCGUACCAACGUUUGGUUGGUACAACUUGACCUAUCAAGUAACUCCUUCACGGGUUCGAUACCGACGACCCUGCCAGAUAUAGCACCAAAUUUAAGGCUCAUUGAUCUAUCCUCCAACAUGUUCUUCGGGUGCAUACCACAGUCGCUCUCCAAACUUGCAAGGAUUGAAAGCCUCUAUCUCCAGGAGAACAAUCUUACUGGAGGAAUCCCAAAGGGGCUCAGUAACCUAACUAAUCUGGGAAACAUGGACCUGUCAAGGAACAUACUCUCUGGAGAGUUGCCACCGUCUUUUUCUAGGAUGAAUAAAAUGCAAACGUUUCAAGUGGGGAACAACCACCAUCUCAGCGGCAGCAUCCCAUUGGAGUGGUUCUCAAACUGGACCUUGCUCCGUACUUUUGAUGUGGCAAACAACGACUUGGUCGGGAGCAUCCCACCGGAGAUCACUAGGUGGGAGGUAAUAGACACACUGGUCCUCCGAGGCAACUGCCUCAUCGGAAAGGUCCGUGCAGAGCUAGGAUAUCUCCCCAACCUUUAUGCACUGGACCUAUCCAGUAAUAACCUUACUGGUACAAUACCAUUGGAGUUUGGUAAUUUGUCUUAUUUACAAAUCCUUGACCUCAGCAACAACCUCUUGGAGGGAGAGAUUCCAGGAAUCUUGUCCCUCCUUCCUCUCACUGAUAUACUCCUGUCUGGAAACAAGUUCACGGGCAUCGCCGACAAUAAUUUUUGUGAGCUACCUAAUCUAAAACUAUUGGACUUGUCGAAGAAUCUCAUAUCUGGAGCGGUCCCUGGUUGUUUUUGGAACAUACCUUCUGUUACAUACAUGGAUUUGUCAAGCAAUGCCUUUGCUGAAGAAGUUACAGCCUCGGCGGUUGACUUUUCUCAACUAGAUUCAGUAGAUCUAUCAAACAACAACUUGACAGGCUGCUUUCCAUCUGUUCUGAAGAACUUAGAACUCCUGGAAUUUUUGGAUCUUGGAGGCAAUAUGUUUUCAGGCAAAAUUCCUUCAUGGAUAGGAGCUAGCCUCUCUAUGCUAAGAAUUCUCCGGCUGUGGUCAAAUAUGUUUCAUGGAAGUAUUCCUUGCGAGGUAUCACAACUCUCUGAUCUCCAGUUGCUUGACCUUGCUGACAACAAUCUUACAGGUCACAUACCUGUAAGUUUUGCUAACUUUAAUUACACAAUCAUGACAAAGCCAGAACUGGAACAUAACAGCGGGCCCAUGGUGAUGGUUGACAGCUUUCUGCCUCACUACAGUGACCAGGUUGACAUAAUCUGGAAGGGGCGUGAUUAUAAUUACAGUAGAAAAAUUAUGCUUAUGACUGGUAUUGAUCUAUCAAGCAACUACCUUUCUGGUGAGAUCCCUGCAGAAUUGUUGAAUCUUGGAGCCAUUCGGUUCCUGAACCUGUCAAGAAAUAAUUUAUCUGGUGCUAUCCCAAGUAACAUUGGUAAUUUAAAAGAUGUGGAGUCUCUUGACCUCUCAUGGAACAAGCUCUCAGGUCCUAUUCCUCCAAGCAUAUCACACCUGAUGUUCCUCAGCUCUCUUAAUCUCUCCAACAACCUUCUUCAAGGAGAGAUACCUUCAGGAAAUCAGCUACAAACACUGGAUGACCCCUCCAUCUAUAGCAACAACCUGGGACUAUGUGGUGUCCCCCUGAGCAUUCCAUGUAAAAAUGGUUCGAGUUCUACAACAGCACUGGAUGGGGCAAAGGAAGGCCACCAUCAACUUGAAACCCUGUGGCUGUACUACUCAGUGAUUGCUGGAACUGUCUUUGGUUUCUGGAUAUGGUUUGGAACAUUGUUUUUCUGGAGCAUCUGGAGGUUUACGUUCUUCAGUUGCAUCGAUGCCAUGCAGCAGAAGUUUAUGCUGAAGAUGAAGCGUACCUGACAGCAUGGCACUUUGUGUCCCACUAUGUUGCUUUCUUGAAGUUUUCUGUUGUUUACUUUAUGCAGUGGAAGUGGAUGCAGAUGUACUCCCUCCGUAAAGAAAUAUAAGAGCGUUUAGAUCAUUACCAACAGACAGUAUUUCUUCAUGCGAGCAUGGGACAGAAUUGAAUUAUAAUUUGUUACAGUAUAUGUGAGAGAUCAAAUUUGUACAUAUUUGUAUUAGGCUUUUUUUUUUUCGAAACGU